GCGGAGGAGCUGCUCCCUGAGUGCAAGUCCGUGGACUCUGUCAGAGAUUCUCAAGUCGGAGCAGAGGUGGCUGGCGGGCCCACCCGAUUCCUUUCCACUGCCUGCUUUUUCGGACAGGAGUCACGGCUGCUCUGAGGGGCAUAGUCCCGGACACCAGGGUGCCACGCACGCGCUGAAGCCCCUAGUACUCUCAAGGCUUCCAGCUAAUCAUGCCCCAGCCGCCCGCAGCUGCCUUGCCGCUGCCCGUGCUGCUGCUGCUGCUGCUGCUAUUCCUGGUGGUGCGGACGCCGACCCCGGCUGGCGCGCGGCCAUCCCUAGGCCCCGAUUACCUGCGGCGCGGCUGGCUACGGCUGCUGGCGGAGGGCGAGGGCUGCGCUCCCUGCCGGCCAGAAGAGUGCGCCUCGCCGCGGGGCUGCCUGGCCGGCCGGGUGCGCGACGCGUGCGGCUGCUGCUGGGAAUGCGCCAAUCUCGAGGGCCAGCUCUGCGACCUGGACCCCAGUGCCCACUUCUACGGGCGCUGCGGCGAGCAGCUUGAGUGCCAGUUGGACGCUGGUGGCGACCUGAGCCGCGGAGAGGUGCCCGAGCCACUGUGUGCCUGCCGCUCGCAGCGCCCUCUCUGCGGUUCCGACGGCCGCACCUACGCUCAGAUCUGCCGCCUGCAGGAGGCGGCCCGCGCUCGGCCGGACGCCAACCUCACCGUGGCGCACCCCGGGCCCUGCGAAUCGGAGCCCCAGAUUGUGUCACAUCCAUAUGACAUUUGGAACGUGACGGGGCAGGAUGUGAUCUUUGGCUGUGAAGUGUUUGCCUACCCCAUGGCUUCCAUCGAGUGGAGAAAGGACGGCUUGGACAUUCAGCUGCCAGGGGAUGACCCCCACAUCUCUGUGCAGUUUAGGGGUGGACCCCAGAGGUUUGAGGUGACGGGCUGGCUGCAGAUCCAGGCUGUGCGUCCUAGCGAUGAGGGCAUCUACCGCUGCCUGGCCCGCAAUGCCCUCGGCCAGGUCGAGGCCCCAGCUAGCCUGACAGUGCUCACACUGGACCAGCUGAACUCCACAGGCAUCCCCCAGCUGUCAUUCCUGCACCUGUUUUCUGAGAAGGAGGCUGAGAGUGAAGAGGCCGAGGAUUACUACUAGGUCCAGAGCCGUGGCCCAUGGGGGUGGGUGAGUGGGGAUAGUUUUCAACCCUGCUUUUGAAAAGAUCUGGAAAGGGGGAGCAGGGCCCCUUCACAGAUUGCUUUAAUGCCCUUAGUAGGGGAGAUGUGAUGGUGGUGGGAGAGACAAAAGUUGGAGGGUAAGGAGAGAGGCAGAGACUAGGGGAGGUGGGAUGCAGAGGGGCCCAUGCAGGAGGUGCUCUGGCCGGGACAGUCUCCUGUGUGGACCAGCCAGGCAUUAGGCAAUAGCUGCCUGCUGGUCUCUAGGCUGAGUGGCGGGUGGGGGGUAGGGGUGGGGAGGAGUGGAGCUGACACAAGGGAUGCAGACACCAGGAUCCUCCACUUCUUUCCAGCAGCCCUCCCUCCAGCUCUGCUCAGCCAGUCUCCUGACUGCCCUUCUGCACAGCUCCUGCUGUUAUUUUUCUAGGCCCCAGUCUUUGCCUAACCUCAGUCUACCCUUUCUUGAAACUCACCUUCUAGAAAAUUUCCCCCUCUCUUAGUCCCAGUUGCACAUACUAACUGCAAUUCUCUUUGCUGUUUGCCAUCUGCUGUCCAGGAAGGCACGAUGGAGCAUGGUUUAGCUCAGUGCACUAAGAUGGGCAUUUGGGCAUGUCUGAUUUUCCUGUCAUUCUGGGAACUCCAUGAGGGCAGUACCAUAUAUUAUACCACUUUGUACUGGACGAUGCCUAGCACAAGACUAGGCACAGUAGGCACACAAUAAAGAUUUAUGAACAAACUGAGACAGAUGUUUCAUGCAGAUUUGCACACAGAGACCGCAUUUCUCUGGGAUGCCUCCCAGGGUAGUAGGACUCUGGCUUCCAGAAGCUGUAGGUCCUGCUCUCUAAGCACAUGCCUGCCAGAUGUAGAGGAAGCUUGAGCUGGGGCCUCCCCCUGCCCCAGGCAGGAAGGUUGGAGCCAUCUGGUCGGGAGGGAGGGUAUCCUCCCAGUCUGCACUCCAUUGGGGCUGGUCUGGAGAUAGAGUGCCUGCCCCUCUGUCCCCUCCCCAGGCAGAGUGGGAAACCAGAUCUAUGUGGGUAGGACCCAGUAUGAAAGCAUAAACUGGGUGGAGGAGGGGAGAAGUUUGGUCACAUGUAUCGGCCGCACCCUAGGAUUUCCCUAUGAAGCCGCCCAUUUCCCAGCCGAACCCAGACAAAAUCAUGGUAAGCUUGUUUUCUCGUCUGCCCCAACUGUGACUUGUCUUCUCUGGCUGGAGGUGCCUCACAGAGCCGUACUCUUUUGCUCCCGAAAUCUCUCUCCACACUCCCCUUACCUAGCCCAGGGACACUGGUGAGGCGUAGUGUUUAUUGACUGACUAAAGGAGAAAAUGAAAGCUUAAGUUGGCGAGGCCAAGACCCCCGUGUGUGGGUGUCGAAGGCCUCCUACGCGCCUGGGUUCCACCCGAAGCCUGGCGCCACACGACGGGAGAAGUUGCAGUUGACUCGGUGUCUGAGCUUGUCCUCUGGGGCCCAACGUAGGGAGCCCGGCCUCUUGGGAGGGGCGUGGCCCAGACCCCAACCCAAGGGCUUGGCUGCCCCUCCCGCAGAACCUCAGGACUCGUCCAGAGACUAAGCCAGAGGACAGCUCUCGUUGCCGAGUCCUGGCUGGAGUCCGGCGUUUCCAGGAGCAGCACUCAACAGCUCGAGCGGGUUGGAUACUCGGGGUGAAUUCUAAGUCGACCGCGAAAGUAGGGAUAGGGAUGUGAGCAGUAUGGUGGGGGCAGGAGGGUCAGGCCGUUCAGCGUCCGGCCCAGAAGGAGGUCUGCUCCGCGCUGAAAGAGGGGACUGGGGUCUGGGUCCCGCAGCAGCCAGGGAAUCCGCCCCUGACUUGUUCUUCGCCGGCGACUCCCGGCCAGCUGGGCUCGAAGGCGCCCCCUGGCGGGCCCAUCGAUCCUACCGCGCCCACCUGCAGAGCAGAGGCUCCGCACGAUCCUAGAGGGUCACACGCAUCCCCCAGAACCCGUACUCCUCCAUCACUUUUGCAGACUUUACAGGAUGUUCAAGUGCAGCCUCCUUAUAGCCUCAGUUUCCCCCUGCGCGGUGCUACAGGUUCAGGCCCCACAGCCUUGA